AGUGUUUUUGGCUCUCCUAACUCAUUUCUAUAUCGUCAAAGGAAAUAGAAAAGAAGCGGCUAGGAUAGCAGAAGAGAUCUAUGGUGGAAUUUCAGGUAAAAUCACACGCGUGUGUUCUCAACACUUAAAAAAAAAACCAAAAACCUCCUAGAUGAUUCGUACGAAUGAUAUUUCUGGAGGGUGGAUUUUAUUUGUGGUUUGGCUUUGUGUGGGUACUUUUAGAAACUACAGCACCGGUUUGUGAAGGAGUUUCAGCUUUAUUUUUGCAAGUUCGUAGUACUAUUAUUAUUAGUGGUUAUUAUUUAAGAAGGAACUAGGGUAGUGGCUUUUUAAGAGUAUUUGGAGAAAUCUCGUUUCCACUAACCUGAAAAAUUACCGAUAGGGGAUUUUCUUUAAUAUUUUUCAACAAAGUUUAACAAUGCAUUCUAACAAGACCGGGUCCCCUCCGGAAAUAGAACGACCAAUAUAUCUGAUUUCAAGCAGCAGCUGUGGCAUGCUAUGUAUAUUUUUGUGUUGUCGUUUGCAGUGCGAAUCGAUUAGCCACUUGUCACUGGCAGGAAAAAUCCUUCACGACGCGGCUUUUACUCGUGUGAAAUGCCAACAUUUGGGUGAAACGUUUUAAACUGUCCUGCUUUGUAGGAUUUCGUCUCCGUUUCUCUCCAGAAAUGAUUCACCUUAAUUGUCGUGAGAUGCCACAAAAGUAAAUGAAUCAGAUACACUUGUUGCUGCUGGGCUUGUCACUUGAGAGAGGAGUAUUUAUUCGUAAACAGAGUUCAGAUUUUCCCUCUGUUAUUUUUAGCGUUCAUAGGGGUUUCCAGGAUGACAUCAUUCUUUAUCUAGCGUCCAUUUCAAUUUGCACCCAGGAUUCUCUUUCAAAAUAGACUUAGGCUGUGUGAUUCCAAUAUGCCAGACAACUUUGAAGACGCUAGAUAACAGCAGUAUCCAAAGAAAUAAGACCUCCAAAGAUAAAGCAUCAGAAUGCUUCAAUUAACUGGGGGAAAUGAGGAGAGUCGUGAAGUUUCAGGAAGUGUCAGAAGGCCCGGAAUGUGGAAAGAGGUUUCUUUUGGGGAUUACAUUUGUCACACAUUUCAGGGAGAUUGCUGGGCUGAUCGAUCCCCACUUCAUGAAGCUGCGGCCCAGGGGCGCUUACUGGCCCUUAAAACUUUAAUUGCACAAGGUGUCAACGUGAACCUCGUGACAAUUAACCGGGUCUCUUCGCUCCACGAGGCGUGCCUCGGAGGUCACGUGGCCUGCGCUAAAGCCUUAUUGGAAAAGGGCGCUCACGUCAACGGAGUGACGGUCCACGGAGCCACGCCCCUCUUCAACGCGUGCCGGAGCGGCAGUGCUGCGUGCGUCCACGUGCUGCUGGAGUUUGGAGCCAAGGCCCAGCUGGAGGCGCACUUGGCUUCACCCAUCCACGAGGCAGUGAAGAGAGGUCAUAGAGAGUGCAUGGAGAUUCUUCUGGCAAAUAACGUUAACAUUGACCAAGAAGUGCCCCAGCUUGGAACUCCCCUGUAUGUGGCCUGCACCUACCAGAGGGUAGACUGUGUGAAGAAACUUCUAGAAUUAGGAGCCAGUGUGGACCGCGGCCAGAGUCUGGACACCCCACUCCACGCCGCUGCGAGGCAGUCCAGCGUGGAGGUCGUCCACCUGCUAGCGGACUAUGGGGCUCCCCUGAAGUGCAGAAAUGCCGAGGGGAAAAGUGCGUUGGAUCUGGCGGCUCCAAAAAGCGGUGUGGAGCAGGCCCUCCUGCUCCGGGAAGGCCCGCCUGCUCUCUCCCAGCUCUGUCGCCUGUGUGUCCGGAAGUGCUUGGGCCGAGCGUGUCGUCAAACCAUCCGUGAGCUGCAUCUGCCGGAGCUGCUGGAAAGAUUCCUGCUAUACCGGUAGUCCCAGCUGGCCUUGGGAAGGUACUUGGAAAUGAGCAGGCUACUGCCUGCUGUACCCAGGGUACUUAGUGUAGACACCCGGUGGCUAGGCUCUGAGUACCUUCCAAUGAGCAGAGUCAGCUAGUGUUGGUCCCCGAAGAACCAGAACACCUGCGGAGUAGAAACUCCUGGUUAAUGCUCUCGUUCCCCGAGGGGCAACCGGAAGCCUUUUGGUUUUUAGCUUUUGUUGUUAAGACACUUUAGAAAUCCGUGCAGCGGAGUGAAAAUAAUCUGUGUUUGAAGAUUCGUGGUCUUUAAUUAUCUAAGGGUCAAUAUUCUGCAUAUCUUGCAGACACAUGUAAAUCUUGGGUGAAUAAGAGUCUGAUGAGUGUAUCUCAUGAUGUGUUCCUGAUGUAGUCCCUCCCUCCUUUGCCCUUUCUUUCUCUGCUUCCAUGAAUAAACUUCUGCUGGAAUUUUGAUUUCCUUGCCAUUUAUAUAUAUACACGCGCGCGUGUGUGUGCGUGCGCUGAACGCAUUCGAAACAUCAAAGUUAACAGAGACUUGCAGUUACUGAGGUCUUGGUUGAUAAGAGAAAUGUUGCUCGUCACUUCUGACAUUAAAGGCUGUUCGUUGAAGCACACGGUUCUAGGACAGGGCAACACUGGCUGCUCCCCUAUUACCUGAACCCGCAGGCACUGUUUGAUGCAUGUUGCAACCCAAGCAUCCAUCAGCUUAUUUUCAAAGUCAAGAGCCUCAGGGUUGUUUGAAAUAAUUACAUGUUAAUGCCAGUCGCCAAGACACGCUCCGUGCCGGGUCACUAUUAUUUCUGUGAGCCUGGGUCCAAAGUAAGCACGGCAUUUUUAAUAGGCGAAACAGCCUUCUCCUCCCCCUCCCUUUUCUUCUUUUCCACUCCCCCCUCCUGCUCUUCCCACUUCUCACCUUUCUUUUCCUCCUCCCCCUCCCUUUUGUGAAUUUAGAACUUCGAUAAGUUCUGACGUGGAUAAACUUUUAAUUGUUGUACGUACUACUGUCAUGGUUCGCUGACUAUAGUCAAAUUA